UGUCAAUUUAAGGUUUAGAGACUACAGUCCUUGUUCGUCUUCUCCUAAUGCCCUAGCUUCUCUCAGUUCCAUUUCCUCUUCAACCUCUUCUCAUCACAUUUCAUUUUCAAUUUUCCGUUCGAUUUGGCCCUAGCUUCUGCUAUACUGCUUUUUGUUUUUUGAUUUUGACGGAAAAUUGUUGACAUUUAGAAGAAGAACGCUUGGUGAGGGUCAUUUCUUAAAGUAAUUCUUGAAGAAGAUAGUUGCUGAGAUCCGAGUUGGAAAGGUGUUCAUCGCUUUCUUGAAGCACUACAGGUUGCAAGCAACUUACAUUUUAGAAGGCUCCUAUAUGAUGUGAAUUGGAGAUAUAACUAUGGAUGACACUGAGCAAAUAGAGGACACAUCAUCUGGAACUGUCCCGGAUAAAGCAUCUCAAGAGAAUCAUGAAAGUCGUGAUGAAAUGCUUUCAAGGCAUAGGAAAGAGAUAUCUCAGUUGCAGAACAAAGAAAUUGAACUUAAAAAGGCAGCGGCUAGAGGUAGCAAAGCUGAACAAAAAGUGAAGAAAAAACAGGUGGAGGAAGAGAUAUCUCAACUUUCUGGGAAGCUUAAAAAGAAACAUGCUGAAGAACUCGCGUCCUUAGGCUUUAGUAACAGUAAUGGAAAUGAGAAAAACAUCGACAAUCUAGUGAAGGCCAUAGCUGGGGUAUCUAUGACAGCUCAAUCCGAUCAUUCAAAGCCGAGCAAAAGCACAAGGCGUAAAGAGAAAAGGGCUCAACAAGAAGCCGAAAGAGACCGAAGAAUUGAAGAGGAGCAAAGCAACAUCGUGAGUGAUAGAAUGAUCGAAAAUGAGCAUUUGGAAAAGAAGCUCGGACCUCUUGGUUUGACUGUCAACGAAAUCAAGCCAGAUGGACAUUGCCUCUACAGAGCAGUUGAAAACCAGCUAGCCUACCUUUCAGGAGGUUCAUCUCCAUACAACUACCAACAACUUCGGGAAAUGGUAGCAGCUUACAUGAGAGACCAUUCAACUGAUUACAUGCCAUUUUUCCUCUCGGACAAUGGCAUAGAAGGCAACUCCAACAGUUCGUUGGCUGAAAGGUUUGAAAAUUACUGCAAGGAAGUCGAGUCAACUGCAGCAUGGGGAGGACAGCUGGAACUAGGUGCUUUAACACACUGCCUUAAAAAACAUAUCAUGAUAUUUUCAGGAUCGUUCCCUGAUGUGGAAAUGGGGAAAGAAUACAAAUCAGAAGGGGUAGUAGAGUCGAGUAUUAGGUUGUCUUACCAUAAGCAUGCCUUUGGACUUGGGGAGCACUACAAUUCUGUGGUUCCUGUGUGAUGAUGAAGUUGGGUGGUAUAAUCAUGAAGGGCCACUUUUACUUUGGCAUUUAUUCUGUUAUGCAAUAUCUUUUUUGAGCCUCGAGUUUGUACCUAAAGGACAAGGGAGAAGGGUGUGCCAAAAAAAUAUAUAAUGUUCUUUUUGUUUCCUUCCUUAGAUAUUUAGCUUUCUUUCACAUUUAUUCUUCAAUUAACCGAAUCAAAUUCUUCUUUGUUAUCUUAUAA